GCUUGACAUGCGCAGUUGUUCAAAACAAGCAAACGCCAUUUUUUGAUGAUGUGAAUUGUUUAGGAUAAAUUUACUACAAAAUGGCAUCUUUUCCUGAAAGCUUUUGGGGAGGGAAGAACAAUGGUUUCUAUGUUCUGUAUCAUAACAUGAAACAUGGCCAGACCUCCUCAAAAGAUCUCAUGGACUUUCUCCGGGAAAGUUGUCAGGUGGAAGAAACAUACAGCAAACUACUCACUAAGCUAGCCAAGGUGGCUGCCAACAACACGCAAGUUGGCACAUUUGCUCCAUUCUGGACUGUGUUGAAGACUCUAUCAGAGAAGUUGGCUAGCUUACACAUGCAGCUGGUUCACACUUGGUCUGAUCUGAUGAAGGACAUCGUCCGAUAUAACGAUGAGCAGCACAAGAAACACAAAUCUAUGAAGGAGGGUGAGGCAAGCACCCUGGAGGUUGUACAGUCUAUACAGAAUACCACCACAGCUCUGCACAAGGCAAAAGAAAUAUAUCAUACACGAUGUUUGGAGCUGGAGCGGUUGAAAAGAGAAAGUGCUUCGCCAAAAGAUAUAGAAAAGUCAGAAACAAAGUACAAAAAAGCAAAGGAAGAAUAUAAGAACCUUGUAGAUAAGUAUGCAACGAUACGAGAAGAUUUCCAGACAAAAAUGGUGGGCUCGUGCACGCGCUUCCAAGAGCUAGAAGAGGAACACAUUUGUCAGAUGAAGGACUUUGUGGACACAUAUGCACGUGCUCUGCGGAACGAACAUGCAUGCUUCGGACAGGCCCAGGAAGAGUUACGAGCGAGCUGUGAUAGUCUCAGUGUUCAAAAACUUCUAACAACAUUUAUAGAGGCCAAGUCAACAGGGAUAGAGAAGCCAGCAUGGUACAAAGGUGUUCCUAUAGUUGACCCAGGCCCCCUGGAGUUUGUGGAGCCUGACCUGUCCAGUCUACCUGCCCCACGCCCCAUGUCCCCUGAGGCCACGCCCAAUGACAAACGAGACAGUCUCUCCGAGAAGAAUAGGGCAGAUUCCGCUAUAUUUACGGACUCGAGCGGUAGUACCAGUUCCAUUCCCUCCGAUCAACCGGGACCGCUGAGUCGUAGCGUGAAACUCCGGGUGUCUAGAACAUGGUUUUUAAAGAAGAGAAGAAAGAAGGCAAAGAAGAAUAAAGAAGAUAAAGACUCAGAAUCUAUAGACACACAGGAGAGUGGUGACAGUAAAAAUGCGCCGGAGGUUGACGAAGAGGGAUACACCAUACGACCCGCCAGCCCUGACUUGAAUCCGGAAAAUGGGGACAGCAAGAGUUGGUAUGACUCCUCAGACUCAGAUUCUGACCAAGACUCUGACAUGAAGAUAAAAGUGAACAUCAAGCCCUUGAGCCCAAGUGGUGUCCAGGCAACUGCAGCAAAUGUGGACGAUAUACGGACAUCUGUGGGCAUGCUUCGUCUCUCACCCACACUAGGGAAGAAAGGCAGAAAUACCCCUGUAGAUAAAAAGAUGAUGAAGCGGUCACAGUCAGAGUCGGACACAUUGGAUGUGUCAUCAAGCAAACCGAGCAACAGUCACCUGUUGAACCUGGACAACUUGUUCUCCUCGAGCGCGUCCACUCCCACAGGCGGGUACCAAUUGCCCUCUCCUCUCUCCCCGUUCUCCGAUGGUACUACCAACAACAUUGACUUCAGUGCAGCAACAACUUUACCUCAGUCUAAUGCCAACACAAGUGACCUCUUAAACCAGUCAAGCAGCAGCGAAAUGGGCAUUAACUCUGCUAGUCAGCCAGUGCAGAAUGGAGUUGUUCCCCCUGUUCCUCAGAGACCUCCAUCCAGGGGUGCACCUCUGGUACCAGCACGCCCUUCAGGAAGGAAUAGUCCAUUCAGCCUAAACAGGGUGGACUCAGGAAGCACCGUUCAGUGGAACACAACCUCCAUGCCCGUGGGCUCUUCUCGUGGACCGAGCCCCCUUACAAUCGGGAUGGCCGACACUGUCCCCUUGGCUGUGGCCUUCACUGAAACUGUUAAUGCUUACUUUAAAGGAACUGAUGCUACCAAAUGUUCGGUGAAAAUAACGGGAAAUUUGAUGAUGUCAUUUCCUGCUGGGGUUGUCCGCGUAUUUAUGGACAAUCCCAAUCCAGCACCACUUAGUUUUAGACUGAAAAACUUUGCCUGUCUAGAACAAGUGAUGCUGAAUAAGGAAUUGGUAACACAGAAUUCUAGUCAGGCAAUAGAUGAGAAUCCAGUGUACACGUUUGACAUGGCAGCACUCAGUGACCACCUGAGACAUCAGGGAGAGGUGAAUAAGACGGCCUCAUACUUCAACAUUGACAUACUCAAGUACCAGAUUAAGGUCCAGCCUGGGGUAGAGAGCACGCUACCAGUGUGCGUGUACUGGAAAUGUGAUGAGAAAGUGACAGACUACCGCCUCGAUUACCGAUUCAACGCCCCAGCCCUCACAUCGGGGGCGACACUGAAGAACAUCUCUGUGACUGUGAUAGUGGACGGUGGUGUCUCCAGCAUGCAGAGUCUACCAGAGGGUGUCUGGAACAAUGAGACAAAGCGAGCAACCUGGCGUUUGAACGACAUAUCAGAGGUCAGCGAGAACUGUUCCCAGGGAUCUAUACGAGCCAAAUUCAACCUCGAGGAUGGCAAGUCCACCCCCUCGACCACUGCCUUACAGUUUAUAGCAGAGAGUGCCACUAUGUCGGGGGUGGAGUUUGAGCUGGUUGGGACGGGCUACAGGAUUUCCCUUUCCAAGAAGAGAUGCGGGGCAGGCAAGUAUUUAGCAGACCCAGAUCAGGUAGUGAAGUAUGUAUGAGAGAACCAGUCCACUUUUCCAGAGCUGUGAACCAUUCCAGGUCUACUAUACUGAUCUCCAAUCAGAUUCCAUCUUACAUUGAUCCUAACGAAUGAGUGAUCUUGUUACAAGUGCUACAUUGAUACCACAUGUGUCCAGUGAAAAAUCUUGUUACAAAUAGUACAUUGAUCCUAACCAAUGAGAAUCCUUGUUACAAGAUACAAUAAUAGACUGUGCUACAGGCAUAUUGAGCUACCCACCUAGGAGGCAUAAAUGUUGUGAAAUAAUUUAUGCCAUUUGUACUUGCCAUUAUCAUAAAAAUCAUGGGACCAGUUUUGAAAUUCUUUAUAGUGAAAAAAUAUUUUGACUGCGUCUUCGAGUGCUGAUCAUUGUAAAGUCAAGAACAUUGUAUGAUUUUUUAUGGAAGUUAUCUCAUUGAUUGUAUUUCAGCACAGUAAGUUAGUAGUAUGGGAUAUUCCAUUUAAACAUAUAACCCCCCGGGGGAAGGCACUUUUAAAAUAUACCACCCUCCUACCGAAGCAAAUUUACCCUUUCGGGGUCCAAAUUAGCAAAAAAAGACACCCACCCAUAUAUUAAGAAAAUAAUUGCCUCCCCCUUACCCCAUGGGUUAUAUGUUUUACUGGAACAGCACUAAGAAAGAAUGUUUGAUGUCUCUAUGUUUAUUGGCAUUGCUUAAAUACAAGCUAAGGUUGUUGAUUUUUUUUCUGGACAUGAAAAAAGACUGGUAAUGAUAUCCAUUUGCUCAAUGGAAAUGCAUGCUGUUUCCUUUAAACAAAAAUAGGGUUGUAUAAAGCUUGGCACAUUGCUUUGCUGAUUUUAUGUUAACGAGCGCCAUGUUAAUUGACUUGCGUAAAUAUGUUGUAAUGGUGUGGGAUGGGAAGAUUAUGGUUUCUGAAACUGUUAAUGUGUGUUACACCUGUGGCCAUUAAACUGCUGACAAUUGACAUUCAGUUGAAAGAGUAUUGAAGUACUACACAGUGUUAUUGUCUGCCUUUGUUUAGAUCAUUUUAGAAAACGGGAGCGGAUUUCAUAAAACUUCUAAGUCAUUUCCUAACUUAAGUCAAUUUCUUAAAAUGUUCAUAGUCAAAUGAAAAGAAAUGUAUGAAGUGUUUUUGAUACUUAGAUCAAAAGAAAUAAUGAAUGUUGGAAA